ACCCCACCACUCCCUGGGCAGCUGUGCCACUGCAGCACUGCUCUUUUGGAGGCAGGAGUGGGGCUGUGAGGUCCUUCCAUCCCAACCACCUGUGAUUCUGUGAUACCAAAUGCAGACAGACAGGCCGCCGUCCCCCGUCAAUGUGACUGUGACACAGCUGAAGGCGAACUCUGCCACCGUCUCUUGGGAUGUGCCAGAAGGAGACGUGGUCAUCGGCUAUGCCAUCCUACAGCAGCGGCAGGAUGGUCAGAUGCAGCGCUUCAUCCGGGAGGUGAACACCACCAACCGGGCCUGCGUGCUGUGGGACCUGGCAGAAGAUGCCGAUUACAUCAUCCAGGUGCAGAGCAUCGGCCUCUAUGGGGAAAGUCAGGCCAGCAAACGUGUCCACUUCAGGACUCUGAAGGAGACCGACCGCCUCCCCUCCAACAGUUCCAACCAAGGUGACAUCACUAUGGAAGGGCUGGACAAAGACAGGCAACUGCAGACAGGAGAGAUCAUCAUCAUCGUGGCUGUGCUGCUCAUGUGGGCAGCGGUGAUCGCCCUCUUCUGCAGACAGUAUGACAUCAUCAAGGACAAUGACUCCAACAACAACAAGGAGAAGACAAAGCCAUCCUCGGAGCACAGCACUCCAGAGCGACCCUCUGGAGGACUGCUGCGGAGCAAGAAGAAGUCUCCUUCUGUCAAUAUAAUCGAGGUGUAAGUGCAGCACCAGCUCUGCAUCUGGGCUCCUGGGCAUCACGUCAGAGCUAGAACAGGCCUUGGAAGAGGAGGCAGCACCAGGCAGCCAGCCUGGAACUCUGCAUGCGAAGAUCCACGUAUCCGAACUUACGCUUUCCCAAGGGCACCUGUCUGGGGAUGUGCAUGGAGUUGGCUCCCGGCCGUGCAUGUAUGCCUGGCCCCGCUUCCCUGCCGCUAAGGAGUGUGGAGCUGAGCGAUGGAGUGGGGGUAUGCCACCAGCCUGUGGGGGAGCAGAGGGGCUGCUGCCCUGUCCUGCACACAGCCCCAGUGGGAGGCAGCAUCCCGGAGCCCAGGCUUGGCCAGUGGCUGUGGUGCAGCUGUGUGGCACCAGACUCCUGCCGAGGAGAUGUUCUGGGGCAGACCUGGCUCUCUUUGCUGUGCUGGGGGGGGAAGGAUCUGCACCUUUCUGGCUCCAAGGCUGAAGGGAGGGUGCAGUGCAGGUGCUGGCCCCAGAGCUGCCAGCGAGGUCAUGGCAAGGAGGCAGGGGGGCUGGGCUGUGAGAGCGAGUCCCUGCUGGAGGAUGGGGCCCACUGCACCCCAUCAUUGCAGUGAGGGGCUUUCCAUGCCUCGCCCUGCCACAGGGGACAAAAACAUAAAUGAGAGCUUGAGGAGUUAGUGCUGCUGCAGUGCCUGGCUGGGCUGCAGCAGAGCAGGGAGCGUCAGUCCCGUGGGUGAGGUGAGGCUCACAGAGCUAUGGGAACAGGUCUGGCCAGCACACUGCUGUGGCUCUACCACUUCUCAGUCAGAGCUCACUGUGAGUGUGCACUGCAUGCAUAAUGCAGUCAGCCUGGCUGGAUUGGUGGGAUGCGUGUCGUGUCCGAGGCUGAGGUCUGGCCCAGCGAUAUUCUCUUGCCAGAGGCAGGGGAUGCAGGGUGACACAAGAAGCCCCGCUGCCACAGAGGCCGUGCCUGGUGCCCUGGUUGCUGCUCUUCCCUCCGUGCUCUGCUCUGUGGCUGGUCACCGAGCCAGGCGCUGGCUCUGCAGCCCUGGACUCAAGCAUCACAGGAUCCAGCGUCUUCCAGGAAUAAACCUCCCAGCAAAGCACUUUCAGGACUCUCACUUCCAGGUGCUGUUCAGCUCCUGCUGCAGGACUGGAUUGGGAAGGGACAGGGUAAGCAACUCCCUGUGGCGGGGUCUUUUCAAUAAAAGCAUCCUGGCUCAAAAGCA